AUGGAGACAGCAGCAGCUAUAAUCGGUCUUAUACAUCCGACAUGUAAGGCCGCAUUGAAAAUUCACGAAAUUAUCAAGUCUGUCAAGGACUCACAGAGCAAUGUAUCACGCCUCCAGUCGAGAGUCCAAGCUUUAGAUAGCUGCCUACAGCUACUUCGCGAUGCGUGUAAAGAGCGAAGGAAGGCUCACCUUCUGAAAUCGGAAGAUGAACACUUUGCAUGCAUCCGGAACGUUAUUGAGAACUGCCGGACAUCUCUCGAAACUCUAGCAGAACGGUUAAAUGCUAUCGAAAGUAAAGGACCAGGCCAUACUCGGAAGCUAAGGAUGGCAUGGGACCUAGCGUUUAGUCGAGAAGAUGUUCGGCAAGCGUCGGAGGAAAUAAGCCAUUACACUUCCGUGUUAAACCUCAGUCUAUCUACCAUGUCACUUGCACAAACAUUGGAAGCGAAGCAACCACAUACCGAGAUAAUAGGAAAGGUGCAGUGUGUUGCACGCAGACUUCGUGUCGAAGUCGAAGUCUCUCAACGCACCCUCAUGCCAGCUGGCCCUAGUCAAAUAGCUAUCGAAGGCCCAGAAGUCGAUAACUCUUUGUUUACAAGGACAAUCGAACAAUGGAGUAGGUCAGCUAUCAGCCUAGCGGAAGAGGUCCUCCUCGAAGGAGACGAGAAUCUCAGGAUCUCUAGAACUCGACUAAAUGGCAAUUACUCCAGAGGUUCCAUUUCAAGUGAACGCUCAGAGCCACUCGAGGAGAAUCCACAUUUCAAUGCUCGACUUCAGCUUCACAAAUACAAGAGAACGGUAGAGAUUGUGGAGCUACUACGAGUUGGUGAAUUAUUCGAUAAUGCCACUCAACAUCUUCAAGAGGCGGUGGAGAUCAGGAAGCUAUUGGCAGAAGCAGGAGAGAAAGACUUCGAUGAACCAGAACAGCAAGAUAUGCUUGAGCAACUCGCAGAUCUCAACAUUCUGUGUGGGACUAAAGAAGGGACCGUGAAGGCGCGAGGUAUUCUGGAGAAAUUGAAUGAAAAUUGCGACAUACAAGAUCCAAUCGAUCUACCCAGAUCAUCAAGACUACACCACAAACUUGGAAAGUUACUCUUUGACGGCCAACAUUUUCUCGGUACUUGCCGCCACCUUCAAACCUCCAUCGAACUUCGGCUACGGGAAGAUCCAAGGGAUCGAGAAAGCAUUAUGGAAACCUACGAACUUUUGCGCCACGUACAAGGCCUUCGGGGAAAUCACGCCGAGUUCCUGGCUAUCCAAGACUGGAUUGAGGAAGAAAUUGGGCCCCUAGAAGACUUGCCUCACAACGAGUUCGAUGCAGCCUUGACAUGGGCUCGUCUGCACGGCUUCCACAAAGCAGAACUGGAUGACAUGAACCGGCCCAAGUUUGAUGUCCAAGAUGAACAUAAUCGUCCACUUUUAUUCGCCGCCAUUGCAGACAAUGAUAUGGAUGUUGCUGUUCUCGAGCAAGUCAUACAAUACUCACAGGAUCUUGAGAUACCUGACGGCAAGGGAGAAACACCUCUGAUGGCGGCGGUGGUGGCUUGCCAUGUGUCAGCUGUGCGACUUUUGCUAGAAAAUGGAGCCUGUGCCAAUUUCAAAGACAAAAAAGGCCGUAACAUCCUUCACAAAUGCCAGACAGAAGAACUUGCCGAGGAGAUCUUCACAGCUACGUCUGCCCGGAGACCUAGCGUCCAUGUCGGUACGGAGACCGGAGCAUUACGGCGCGUGUCGACGACGCGCUUGGAUAUUUCACCCGUUCAGAGUCGAGGGAGUGAAAGUUCUCUUUCUUCGCUGGACUUCAAUGCUCGAGACCUUUUCGGCAAAACUGCGUUAUUUCAUGCAUGCGAAAAGGGAAACAGAGAUGUAGUAUCGGUUCUUCUUCAAUCUUUCAGGGCAGAUCCUGAAAUCUGUGGCCCAGAAAGGUGUACGCCCCUCAUGGCAGCGAUCCAAGCAAAGCUCAACGUGAGGAAUCGAGGAAAGCCGGGAAAUCAAGCUGCCUUCAUCAAGAAGAAAGUCGACAUUGUUCGACUCUUGAUAGCACAUGGUGCUGAUCGGAGGGUUACACCUGCUACGCUCCGAGGUGCCGGUGUGGCACAUGCGGAGAUCAAGAAGAUUUUGGAGAGUAAGGUUGGACAGCAGGGAAGUGCGAAUACCCUUUCUAGUGUAGCAGCGUCGGCAAGUAGUAGUGUCGUUGAGGAAGAUUGGCACAUGAUAGCGAGGAACGACGCGAGGCUCUCUGGCUGA